AUGAAGAUAUGUCUACGCUAUCUCGGUGAUCCUGGAUAUCAACAAGGUAUUGGUCAGGAACUUGGUGUUAGUCAAGCAACGGUAUCUCGGACUGUGGAUAGAGUUGUGAACUACCAACCAUGGCAAAGCAUUUAUACAUUUCCGACAGCAAUUGGUGUAAUUGAUUGUACACAUAUAGGAAUCCUGAAACCAAAUCGCCAUGGAAAUGAGUAUAUCAACCUAAAAGGGAAACCUACUUUAAAUGUGCAAGCCACUUGUGAUGCCAGAGAGAUGUUCACAAGUGUUGAUGUCAGUUGGCCUGGAUCAGUGCAUGAUUCCAGAAUAUGGAGAAAUUCACAGACUAGAUCACAACUAAUAAAUAAAGCAAAUUUGUACUACUUGGCGAUGACGGUUUUGGUAUUGAACCAUGCCCUUCAGAAAUCCUACUCCAGGUGCAGAAAUAAAUUAUCAUAA